AUGUGGCUCCUCGACUGCUCCAACUACCGCCUCGAGCCGAACAACCUCGACAGCGAUCAAGGUAAUAACAAAUACUGGAUCCUUUCACAUACUUGGGGGCGCGACGAGGUCACGUUCCAUGACAUGCAGGACCUGAGCCGAACCUCGCAAAAGAAGGGAUUCCGCAAGAUCGAGGCCAUGUGCCAACUCGCGCCGGCAAAUGGCCCGACCCAUGUGUGGAUAGACACCUGCUGCAUCGACAAAACCAGCAGCGCCGAGCUGAGCGAGGCCAUCAACUUCAUGUUUUAUUGCCCGGCACCGGUACCGCAACUCGAAGAGGACCUCCAGAAAUGCAGGUGGUUUACCCGCGGUUGGACCUUGCAGGAAUUGCUUGCGCCGUCCGAGGUCGAGUUUGACGAUGGCCAUUGGAAUCCUCGAGGAACUAAGAGACAGCUCUGUGCUGCUCUCUUCAACAUUUCUGGCAUUCCGGAGAUGGUCCUAAUGGAGCCCCACGGCCCGGACAACAACCUGCAGAGCGUCCCGACAACGAGGCUCGAGGACGAGGCUUAUUCUCUCCUGGGCAUAUUCGACAUGCACAUGCCGCUCCUUUACGGCGAGAGAGAGCAAGCGUUCAUCCGCCUACAGCAGACGAUAGCCCAAAAGGUCAAUGACAUGUCGCUAUUCGCUUGGAUCGCGGAUCCGUUGGAUGCGUUGGGACAGCCGUCCACCACCCUGUAUUCAGGCCUCCUAGCCAGCGAUCCAUCUCAAUUCUCAGCGUGCACAGGAAUUGCGCACAUUCGUGAUCCGCUACUGCCCAGCCCUUCCUGGAUCAUCACGAAUGCUGGGAUCGAGAUAACUACCGCGCUGGCCUGGGCGGACUCGGAGCACACAAUCAUCACUAGAGGUGUCGACAAUUCGAUCAAGACCAAACCUGGCUACUCUAAAAAUCUAUUCUGCACCGGCUGUUUCCCCAUUGUCAAUUGCUAG